AUGGAGGCUACAGAACGGAGUGUGUCCAUAGUGCUGAUCAGGGCCCUGACAGAGAGGAUGUUCAAACAUAUUCGGAAAUGGUUUGUCACGCACAUAUUCAGGCGUUCACGGCAACGAGCAAGGCUGGUCUCCAAGGAUGGAAGGUGUAACAUAGAGUUUGGCAAUGUAGAUGUGCAGUCAAGGUUUAUAUUCUUUGUGGACAUCUGGACAACUGUACUUGACCUCAAAUGGAGGUACAAAAUGACCGUGUUCAUCACAGCCUUCCUAGGGAGCUGGUUCCUAUUCGGCCUCCUGUGGUACGUGGUAGCCUAUGUUCACAAGGACCUCCCGGAAUUCUACCCACCUGACAAUCGCACUCCUUGUGUGGAAAAUGUUAACGGCAUGACCGCAGCCUUUCUGUUUUCUCUGGAGACUCAGGUGACCAUAGGCUAUGGAUUCAGGUUUGUGACAGAACAGUGUGCCACUGCCAUUUUCCUCCUCAUCUUCCAGUCCAUUCUCGGGGUGAUCAUCAAUUCUUUCAUGUGUGGCGCCAUCUUAGCCAAGAUCUCUAGACCCAAAAAACGUGCGAAGACCAUCACCUUCAGCAAGACUGCAGUGAUCAGCAAGCGUGGUGGGAAGCUCUGCCUUCUCAUCCGAGUGGCUAACCUUAGGAAGAGCCUUUUGAUUGGCGGUCACAUAUAUGGCAAGCUCCUGAAGACCACCAUCACUCCUGAAGGAGAGACCAUUAUUUUGGAUCAGACCAAUAUCAACUUUGUCGUCGAUACUGGCAAUGAGAAUUUGUUCUUCAUCUCCCCACUGACAAUCUACCACGUCAUUGACCACCACAGUCCUUUCUUCCACAUGGCAGCAGAAACGCUUCCCCAGCAGGACUUUGAAUUAGUCGUCUUUUUAGAUGGCACAGUGGAAUCCACCAGCGCAACCUGCCAGGUCCGCACAUCCUACGUGCCAGAGGAAGUGCUCUGGGGCUACCGUUUUGUCCCCAUAGUAUCCAAGACCAGGGAAGGGAAGUACCGAGUGGAUUUCCAUAACUUUGGUAAGACGGUGGAAGUGGAAACCCCUCACUGUGCCAUGUGCCUUUACAACGAGAAAGACGCCAGAGCCAGGAUGAAGAGGGGCUACGACAACCCUAACUUUGUCCUGUCUGAAGUUGAUGAGACAGAUGAUACCCAAAUGUAG